CUGGGUCUAAUAUGCCCGGAGCCGAGGCGCGAUGAAGGAGAAGUCCAAGAAUGCGGCCAAGACCAGGAGGGAGAAGGAAAAUGGCGAGUUUUAUGAGCUGGCCAAGCUGCUCCCGCUGCCGUCGGCCAUCACCUCGCAGCUGGACAAGGCGUCUAUCAUCCGACUCACCACCAGCUACCUGAAGAUGCGGGCCGUCUUCCCCGAAGGUUUAGGAGAUGCAUGGGGACAGCCGAGCCAGGCCGGGCCCCUAGACAGCGUCGCCAAGGAGCUGGGAUCACACUUGCUUCAGACUUUGGACGGAUUUGUGUUCGUGGUAGCAUCUGAUGGCAAAAUCAUGUAUAUAUCGGAAACAGCUUCUGUACAUUUAGGCUUGUCACAGGUGGAGCUCACGGGCAACAGUAUUUACGAGUACAUCCAUCCUUCCGACCACGACGAGAUGACAGCUGUCCUCGCGGCCCACCAGCCCCUCCACCAUCACCUGCUACAAGAGUACGAGAUAGAGAGGUCCUUCUUUCUGCGAAUGAAGUGUGUUUUGGCGAAAAGAAACGCGGGCCUGACGUGCAGCGGAUACAAGGUCAUCCACUGCAGCGGCUACCUGAAGAUCAGGCAGUAUAUGCUGGACGUGUCCCUGUACGACUCGUGCUACCAGAUCGUGGGGCUGGUGGCCGUGGGCCAGUCGCUGCCACCCAGUGCCAUCACAGAGAUCAAGCUGCACAGUAACAUGUUCAUGUUCAGGGCCAGCCUUGACCUGAAGCUGAUCUUCCUGGAUUCCAGGGUGACCGAGCUGACCGGGUAUGAGCCGCAGGACCUGAUCGAGAAGACCCUCUACCAUCACGUGCACGGCUGUGACGUGUUCCACCUCCGCUACGCGCACCACCUCCUGCUGGUGAAGGGCCAGGUCACCACCAAGUACUAUCGGCUGCUGUCCAAGCUGGGCGGCUGGGUGUGGGUGCAGAGUUACGCCACCGUCGUGCACAACAGCCGCUCGUCCCGGCCGCACUGCAUCGUGAGUGUCAAUUAUGUCCUCACGGAUAUCGAAUACAAGGAACUGCAGCUGUCCCUGGACCAGGUGUCCACAUCCAAGUCCCAGGACUCCUGGAGGACCGCCUUGUCUACCUCACAAGAAACUAGGAAAUUAGCGAAACCCAAAAAUACAAAGAUGAAGACGAAGCUGAGAACAAACCCGUACCCGCCACAGCAAUACAGCUCGUUCCAAAUGGACAAACUGGAAUGCGGCCAGCUGGGAAACUGGAGAGCCAGCCCCCCAGCGAACGCCCCGGCGCCCCCAGAACAGCAGCUCCAUUCAGAAAGCAGCGACCUUUUGUACGCCCCGUCCUACAGCCUGCCUUUCUCCUACCAUUACGGACACUUCCCUCUGGACUCUCACGUCUUCAGCAGCAAAAAGCCAAUGUUGCCGGCCAAGUUCGGGCAGCCCCGAGGAUCCCCGUGCGAGGUGGCACGCUUUUUCCUGAGCACACUGCCAGCCGGUGGCGAAUGCCAGUGGCAUUAUGCCAACCCCCUAGUGCCUCGCGGCCAGUCUCCAGCUAAAAACCUUUCUGAGCCGCCGGUGAACACUGCUCGGCACAGCCUCGUGCCAAACUACGAAGCGCCCGCCGCCGCCGCCGCGCGCAGGUUCGGCGAGGACACCGCGCCGCCACCGCCGCCGCCGCCGCCGCCGAGCUUCCCGAGCUGCGGCCACUACCGCGAGGAGCCCGCGCUGGGCCCCGCCAAGGCCGCCCGCCAGGCCGCCAGGGACGGGGCGCGGCUGGCGCUGGCCCGCGCGGCGCCCGAGUGCUGCGCGCCGCCCGCCCCGGAGCCCCCGGGCGCGCCUGCGCAGCUGCCCUUCGUGCUGCUCAACUACCACCGCGUGCUGGCCCGGCGCGGGCCGCUGGGGGGCGCUGCGCCCGGAGCGCCCGCCCUCGCCUGCGGCCCCGGCGGCCCCGAGGCGGCGGCCGGCGCGCUGCGGCCCCGGCUCCCGGGCCCCGCCGCCGCCUCGCCGCCCGGCGCGCCGCUGCCGCACUACCUGGGCGCCUCGGUCAUCAUCACCAACGGCAGGUGACCUCGCGCAGGGCUGCCCGCAGGGAGAAGCCAUAGGCCGGGCCCCGGGCUCCUGUUGUCCAGAGUGCAGCCGAGUUACGAGGGGCGGGCUGUAUAUGCACGGUUUAAAUUAAUUUAUACAGAGACGACUAUUUUAAUAGAACUCCGCGGCCGGCUUCUAGAUUUUUACGCAGAUCCCGCAAACGCCGGUGCAGAGGACUGCGGCGCGCCCGCGGCGGGGGAGAAAGGCCCGCCAGACCUUUGUUCUCCAAGAGCCCGGUCCCGAAGGGGGCAGAGCUGAGCGUCCCCCGCGUCCCCCGCGCGACCUCCACCUGCCCCGUCUCCGGGGACGGACUUGGUUUCCUCGCCUCGCCACCAGGCCCGCGCGCCUCGCCUCGUCCCCGAUGCGCAGCAGCAAUCCCACUGGGGACUGAAGGAGCUUCCGCUCCGGGGGAGCCUCCGCCGUCAAGACGAAAGCCCAACCCGAUCCAGUCAGAUACGCCAGGCGGUGGCCCACCCGGAGGAGGAGGCUCCAGAAUUCAGAGCGCUCUUAGAUUCUUAAGGCAGGAUGUGAUGAUUUAAGCCCCAGGAAUCGACAACUCUCAUGUCUUUAAAAGUCAUUCAUGAGCCUCAUGAAAAGUUGUUUUAAUUUAAGCCUUUUUUUUUUUUUUCGGUACAAAAAUCAACAAGCCAAGACCAAGGGAGUGAAUGAGCAUGGGUGUGCUUUUACUUCCUCCUAACCUCUGUGAACUCUUGAUACCGAGAAUAGCACCUUCAGAGUAUAUUGAAUAGGCAUUAAAUGCAAAAAAUUAUAUAUAGCCAGAUAUUUUCUGAGAAUGACAUGUGGAUGAUUUAGGUGCCCAAGGCGACUGGCUACCCCUGUCAGGUUUGAUUACAAGGCGAAAUCCCUCUGGUCCACCCAGACCUGUAUUUCCCUAGGCUCGUGUUUGCUACAAGUAGUGCUAAUAAAGUUAGUUAAAUUGCAUGUGCAAUAUGGAAAAUUGUCAAUGGACUGCGCCUUGUGGAAGAAAAGUCGCUAAAGGGAUCUGAUAAAAAUGGUGCAUACAUUUUCUUUAGCAUUUCCUGCCUUUUCUGCAUAGCAAGAAAACUCCAUGAACAUGUCCUGUAUGUAGGAGGUAAACAGAAAUCCUUUUAUAAAGCACCAGCAGUGUUUUUAAAAAUAAACUUACGUUCAUUUUUGUCUUUUA